AUGAAGACGUCCUGCCUCACCAUCGCCGCGUUGACGCUGGCGAGCGCGGCCGACGAGAAGCGCGACUGGCGCGCCGAAGGCGACCAGAAGAUCAGCGACCUCAAGAAGCAGUACGAGUACAUCUCCACCGACGAGGCCCGCAACGUUAUCCUCUUCAUCGCCGAUGGAAAUGGCGUCAACACCAACUACGGCACCCGUCUGUUCCAGGGCCAGAUGAACGGCGGCUACGGAGACGAGUUCGAGCUCUCCCAUGAGAAGAUGCCCUGGGCCGGCCUGGUGAAGACGUACAACGUGAAUGCACAGACCCCCGACUCUGCUGGCACAGCGACUGCGAUGAACUCCGGCCACAAGACCAAGGCGGGGGUGAUCGGCGUUUCCGAGGACGUGAUCCGUGGAGACUGCUCCACCCUGCCCGGCAACGAGCUGGAACUUAUCGCUCAGCAGGCGAAGGCAAUGAACAAGAAGGUCGGCGUCGUGUCUUCCGCCCGCAUCACCCACGCCACCCCAGCCGGCGUAUACGCGAGAAGCGUCGACCGCAAUUACGAAGCAGAUGUGCCCGAGGGAUGCACGGAGCAGGUCGACAUCGCACAGCAGCUCCUCUUGUCGAUGGUGGGAGACGACGGCUGGGUUGAUUUCGCCGCGGGCGGUGGCAAGGCUAGCUUCUACAACGCCACUGAGCUCGACGCGAUGGGAGAGUCCGGCAACCGCGUGGAUGGUCGCGAUCUCAUCGCCGAGGCUAGUACCGCCGGCGUCAUGACGGCGCAGACCAAGGACGAGUUCAUGGCCCUCGACUUCGAAGACGGGGAGGGAAAGGUGCUGGGCUUGUUCACCGCGAGCCACCUGAGCUACGACCACGACCGACUCUCCGAGGGCGAAAACUCACACGAGCCGUCCAUCAUGGAGAUGACCAAGGCCGCCAUCGAGUUUCUUUCCAAGAACCACGACGGAUACUACCUGAUGGUUGAGGCUGGCCGAGUCGAUCACGCCACCCAUGCCGGAAACAUGCACCGCACGUUCCAGGAUGGAGUUGCGUACCAGGACGCGGUUCAGUACGCCAUGGAUAACACCGAUCCGGCCGAGACCCUCAUCAUCUCUACCGCCGACCACGGCCACGCGAUCGCCUACAACGGCUAUUGUGGACGCGGCUCCUCCGUGACCGGUCUGUGCAUGGAGAUCGAUCCGACGGCCACGAUGCACAUGGACGUGCCUAACUAUGCCUCUGACGGAUCGACCUACACGGUCGUAUCCGUCGGCAACGGACCCGGCUCCAUCCUCUAUGAGGGCGAUGAAGAGGAGGUGGGCCCAAACCUUGGCGAGUUGUCCGAGGACGGUGUGUUCAUGCGGCCAAACGUGACCAAUGAUGAGGCCACCGACCCCGACUACGUACAGCAAUCGCUCGUGCCUUUGAGUUCCGAGACCCACUCUGGCGCUGACGUGGCCGUGUACGCCCAGGGCCCGUGGUCGCACCUUAUGGCCGGCACUGUGGAACAGACCCACAUCUACGACGUCAUGUGGUACGCCAUGACCCAUGGAUAGACUCAGCGCUCUGACUCAUCAACCCAGCGCUCGACGGUGUCGCGCUGUAUUUUAAUUUUUUUGGACUGGUGCCCGCCUGUGCAUGCCAGCUGAUUGAGAGCACAACGCUCCGUAUAUUAUUUGAGAGUGAUUCCCAGUAAAGCCCUCCAGUACUCAAGGACAUACAUACAUAGUCUAGACGGCACAGGAAUCCUUUAGAAAGAGUGCUUCUGCAGAAUGAUUCUGUCGGGAGGUCUGAUGUAUGUGUAGAUUACCGCCGCACAUAUGGGUUUCCUUGUGGCGCGCCGGUUUUCUGUUGAGCUUCGCUUCGUGUACAACACACUUCGAAGACUUUUGGGGUUAGUUAGAUUGGCGCAGCAGCUGGGAACAACGAGCAACCGGCAGCAGCCUGCUGCACCAGGGUUCGAGACCAACAGCAAAGGUAUCGACGUCGAGAAUUUGAAUGAUUCGGGUCUAUGUGGUGUCUGUACGUUUGUCCUUCACGGCCACACACAUCGUUCGUUUCCGAUUCGCAGAAUCCUUAUUGUUAUCGAUUGGUAGUAUGAUAGUGUUUGGUAGUCUUGGUUCUUCUUCCGUCCCUUCUUGCAUUCUUUGCCUAUCUAUGUAUAUCUUGCACACAACCGUCUAUGGCAAGGCCCGAGCAUGAGAGUCCUUCUGACACUCGAGGAGGAUUUCUUUCUUUUGAGCCUUUUGAGCGUGCGUUUUGCCAUUUCGCGGCGGUGCUAGCCAUGGUUUCCGGGGUUACCUUUCACCCUCUCCGACCCUAGGAUCCGUCUCUGGUCCGUGUUGUUUCGCGGACUUCUUUCAGGGUGAUUGUGUCGGUGGCAGGGGGGGGGGGGGGGAGAGUUGAUUCGACAGCUCGUGGUGGUACACAGGUACCGUAGUAUUGAUGUUAUCGAGAGUUUACG